AUGGAUUCUAUCCGCAGACGAGCCUCCAGGCUCAGUAAGAAGCUUGAAGUCCCCGUCGACGAGAACUUAGGCGGACAGACAGCUACGCCUUGGAACAAUCGUGAUCUUGCGCCGCUCCCUCCAUCGAGACGUACAUGGACGGUAUGGGGGUUCCUAGGAUUCUGGGCCGUCAUCCAAUUAAACACUGUCGGUUGGCAGACCGCCAGCUCAUUGAUCUCACUAGGCCUCAGUGUUUGGGAGGCGAUGAUUGUAACAAUCAUCGCAAAGUUUCUGAUCGCCGGCGUCGCCAUUGCCAACGGCUGGUGGGGAGCAGUGUGGCACGUUGGCUUCUCUGUGGGAAACCGUGCAGUCUGGGGCUUGAGAGGGUCGUACCUUGCUCUAGCCCAGAGGAUAAUGCUCUGCCUGGUAUGGUACGGAGUUCAAGCCUGGAUCGGCGGUCAAAUGACCGGAGUCAUGCUCUAUGCAAUGUUUUCUGGCUACAGACAUAUCCCCAACACGUUCCCGGCCAGUGCUCACAUGACGACCCAGCAAUUCGUUGGCUUUGUCGUGUUUCUCUGCUUUCAAUUUCCUUGCUUGUUGAUUUCACCCGAGCGGACGGCCAUACUCUUCAGAUGGGCCAACAUCCUCACGGCGGUCACCAUGUUCUCAGUGACCGUUUGGGCUCUGGCGACCGCUGGCGGUGGAGGACCGUUGCUGGCGGCGAACAGCACGCUGACCACGACGAGCGAAAAGGCUUGGGCUGUCAUCCGCGGCAUAACCACGGUCAUAGGGUCAAUCGCCGUGUCACUCACCAACCAGAGCGACUUCAACCGGUUCGCGAAGACUCCCGGAGCUCAAAUCCCAGGUCAGAUAUACUCCACCGUCAUCGUCGGAGCUCUGGUCACUCUCAUGGGAACCCUCACCACGUCCGCCGCCCAGAAGAUAUACGGAGGUGAGUUGCUCUGGUCUCCCGCCGAGCUCGCCCUACGCUGGAUGGAGGAUGGGUACACCGCCAGAUCCCGCGCGGGGGCCUUCUUCGCCGGUCUGGGGUUCUUCGUCUCUCAACUGAGCAUCAACACCGUCGACAACGCGUGGCCGGGAGGAUUCGACCUCGCCGCCCUGUUCCCACGGUGGAUCAACAUCCGUCGCGGGGCCGUCAUCACGUUCGUGUUGGGUAUCGCGAUCAACCCUUGGCAGCUGGCCGACACUGCCAACACCUUCAUCAACGUCCUCGACGGCUACUCGGUGUUCCUGGGACCCAUGGUCGGCAUGAUGGUGUGCGACUUUUGGGUGAUUCGUGGUCGGAAAUUCAAGCUCUCGGACCUGUACACCGCGGACGAUUCCUCUAUUUACUGGUACAACCGUGGGUUCAACUGGCGGGCGUACGUCUCGUGGCUGAUCGGUAUCGCCCCCGCCCUUCCAGGCUUCAUCAACGCCGUCAACCCUUCCAUUCACGUACCAAAAGGGGCACAGGAGAUAUUCUACCUCGCGUACGUCGAAGGGUUCGCACUGUCGUUUCUGGUGCAUUAUGUUCUGAAUCGGCUCUUUCCCGUUCCAGGAUUGGGUGUCAUUGAUGAACAAGACAUUUUUGCAACGUUCACGGUCGAGGAGGCAGCCAAGCUGGGCGUCACCCCCCAUCCUCGCUUAGUCCUCCCCGGCUUGACCGUCGAAGAAGCAGAGCCGGUUGAAGUGGAGCAACCGAAAGGGGUGACGGUUGUCAGUAAUUGGGAAAAGGCAGAUGCCUCGGGGCAGGAAUGAGACGUGAUCGGCAGGAAAUGCCGCCUUCUCCCAGCAAGAGUGGCUCCGAGGAAUCGCUGAGGCAUCUUGAAGACUUGGAGGCCCGCCGUGAGCAGUUGGGCCGAUCAAUGACUGCCCGACUGAGACUCUCAUGAUCCAGUGUGCCC